CUACAGGUUUGGCGGCAGCGAGCGUUCCAUAGGCAUCUAUUGUUAAGUGUGCGUACGUUUUACUUUUCUCCAUGAAGCGUUGUCUUUGAAUUAGCGAAUUGCUCUUUGUUCUAAAGGAUUAUUUAUACAAAAGUUUAACACGUGUAUUCAGCUAAAUUAAUUGGCGCUCAUAAGUUAGAUUAUGGCGAGAAAUAUUGACAGCUCAUGGUAAAAUCAAAACUGUCAAGUUGAUCACUUUUGAGUACUGUUGUGCGCGAGUUUGAUUGGGACAAUAAAACGGGCAUUUAAAUCUAAAAAACGGCCGAAACUGCAGUGUUUGUACUACAACUUCAUUUUCGUAUUAACAAGUUUUUAAUUUUUAAAUUAUUGAAACUUGAAACUUAAUCGUUUCAAGGAGUACAUGAAAUCUUCAAAGAGUGCGGUAAAUAUAUCGGUAGCAGAGUCGUUAAGGUGGAAUUGAGACACAAAGCUUAUUAGACGAUGGACCCUUUCACUCAGCGUAUGUUGGAACGUGCAAGAGCAAGGCGCGAGAAAUUAGAUACACAAUUAUCAAAUGCAGGACACGAUUUGAAGAAAAGGAGAAGCCCACUGAAGGAUGCAAAUGCUAUUUUAGCACAGGCCCCAGCAAUUGAAUCGCAGAUCACAUCAAACUCUCCUGUCAAAGUAGCUUCUCCAAUAAAACAAUCUUUGGCUAAAUCACUACAGAAGUCACCACAAAAGCAACUACAAGAGCAACCUCCUGCAAAAAGUACUGAUCAAGAAAAUAUGGUUAACAAAGAGAAUGGAGAAACUCCAGUUUCCAAUAUCAGGUCAAAGUUACAAAGACUUGGCAACCUGUAUUCUGAAGAUAGUAGUCGCGAGUUGAGUUCGCCCAUUCAUAGAACUGAAGAGAGAUUUGCUGCAGAGGAUGAACCAAGCAUGCAAACAAAUGAUUCCAAAUCUAGUAAAAGUAGUGCGCGAUUAGAUCGUUUGGCUGCUCUUGCAUCCACCAUUAAUAAUUGGGAAGAUGAUCUUUCCCAUCCGACGUUGGUCAAGCAGACCGAAAGUAAAGCCAUCAAAGUGCAGGCAAAACUUAACGAGCAGGUAAGAAGAGCUGCAGAACCUCAACCAAGUACUAGUGGAAACGGCAAAUGGAUAUCCAAUGACCGCACACAAUCGAAGGCACAUUUCGUUGGUGGUACACGUGCAAGUAAUUCAAGUAGUCCUGGACAGAGCAAAGAUGCAAGCCUUACAAAGCAACUGAAGUGGGAUAAAGCCGUGUUGGAGAAUUUGGAGGCUCAAGGUUUUACUCGUACUGUCAGCCAUUCUCGACUUGUAUAUGACUAUAAGGGUUGUUCCCAGGAAAAGAAUCCAAACUCCAACAUUGGCAGACAUCUUACCAGGGACCAGGUAGUAGAGGAAGAGAAAACACAGUCUCCAUCAAGUGCCUCUUCAGGAAAAGAUAACGGGAUUCGAAUCAACACAAAAGCUAAGGACAGCGCACUUGUGUCUAAAACGCCUGAGAAGAAGAACGUUGGAGCAAGCACAACUAACGUUCGAAUGCCUACAAGAUUUGGCUGCGGCGGGUCGCCAAAGAGCCCAAUCCAGUCACCAGGUUCAGUUUUAAGUAAGGCCUCUAUGUUCGAGGCAAAGAAUAUCGAGGUGAAAGCAAAGGAUCCCGCAGAAAUGACACUUUCUGAAAGGAUGGCUCUUUUCGAGCGUAAUAAGGGAGAGGCACCUCUAAUACCUAAGGCUCCUCUUACAAUGUCCGUCCCUUCCAAGAAGCUUAUUGAAAAGGAAAAGACUAACUCAAGUCCUGUCCAUGGAACAGAAACGUGCUCAGCAAAUGGUCGUGGUAAGGUAGAUUUGUCCAAUAAGAAAGUUGUUUCACAACGCGCCAUAUUCGAGCAAGGCAGUUACACUCAGGAGUUGGAAAAUGAUAUUCUACGUAAUACUCAUAAUGAGCGGCAACGAGAAUUGGAAAUGUUACGCUCACGUUUCAACAGAAAUAAACAAAUGGCUCAAGCUGCUGCCGGUUCUUGUAUUAGAACGAGUGAGAGUAGCGAAGGAAAACCGAGUUCUCCGAAGAAUUCACCGGUUUGUCCUGUAAAACCAACGCCGGCUCUGGAUGCAGUGCCUCCGGCUCCGCCACUUCCUCCAUCCAAAAAUAAUACAACUGGCGGCAUAUCAUCGCCGGCUAAAAGACAGGUGACGAAUGCAACAAAAUCCCAGCAAACUAAAAUACAAUCUGAUAUUAAACGCAUUCGUGUAUCUGAUCCGAAACCGGGUAAUCUUUAUCCUGAUCUUUCUAACAUUGAGUGUAUCACCACGACCACGACAACGGAAACGGAAACGGAAACCGAAUAUACGGUUGAAGAUACGGAACCGGAAACAGCUACAUUGGAUGAACAGACCGAAUCUGAUACAGUUACAGAAGCUGAAUAUUAUGUUGACAAUUGUGACGAGUCGUAUGAUAGCACGGAAGAGAGCACAGAUAUUGGAAAUACCAGUCUUGGGAGAAGUAUUUUACGCGUUGUCGAUCAACAAACUGUAUCGAAUAAAAAGAGAUCAAUCGAUCCCGAUCCAGACAGCACGACAUCUGACAUUUCUGUUUUGGAUGAAAUGGAUGAAUAUUUGGAUGAAUGUUUAGCAUUGCAAGAUGCUAAUGGUCAUGAGGGUCUAGAAGGACCAACUCCCCCAAAACUAAAUCGAGGUGGAAAAAGUCCAUCGGCCGUAUCCAAUAGUUUUAAGUACAGUCAAGGGUCAUCUUAUCGUUCACCAAUCAAGGUAGUUUUAUCUGCAAAAUCUCCACGUAAAGGAGAAUCGUACGUCGUGGAAGGAGAUAAUUGUGUACCUUUGAUGCAUAGCGUUAGUUUUUAUAGACGGCAACAAUCUCAGACAUCAAGAACGCCAGUGCGUACGGUAUCUCGAACGAUUGAAGAACCACAGUCCUCUACGAGCUCCACCGGUUCUAACGCGGAUGAAGAAGCCAUCCUGGUACAGGAGAAGAUGAAGCAGCUGCUGGAGGAAGUGUGCAAGCAGCAAACAAUAAUUGGUCAAGCCAGUCAAGCACUUAAUUUGUGCAGUGCAACUGUUGAAUUUAGCGGUUCUCAAGAGCAAGUUGAGGGAGAAAGAUUGUUACUUCUAGCCACUCACAGAAGACAGGCUGCUUUGAACGAGGUGCAAAGGCUCAAAGUUGAAGGAACGUUGAGACCAGUGGUGCCAGGUUCGCCGGAAGUGCAGGAAAGUGGAUCACUUACUGUGUCCGCGAUCACUCUUCCGUUGAAAAGAGAUUAUUUCCGCACUGUAGAUGCUGAUACGUGUCUUCAUCACGUAUGUCUUAUACGGCAUUUGGAGAAUAUUGUAGCUACUCCAGUAGUUAUGGCUGAACCUGGUGACUCAUGCAUUCGGUUUCCUUCUACUUUAAAGCUUCAAGAUCUUUACAGUGACUUCAAAAUCACUAUUGAAAUAUACUCUUUGGAGACUAGAGCUGAAGUUUUACCUCAUGAGAUUAAAUACCAUAUUCAUAAUAAUGGUAGCAACAGUGCAAGUGGAGGUAGUGGUACUAGUAAUCACGGAAUGGGCAGUAAGAAGGGUGGAAUAAAGACUCCAAAAAAAUUCCUUAAACAAGAAAGUCGUUUAGUGAUGACAGCAGUUCAAAGUCCUGCAGGACCCUCGGCUGUUCGUUCGCCUGCAUUUUCUCUUGCUGGAUAUGCUGUUUUUAGUUUACGCGAAGUACAACGGCAACACUUUACCUUGAAUAAGGUACCUCGUUCGUCGCCGUUAGAAGGCAGACUUCAAAUGCAUGUAUCAUGCGAGUUGUCUGUUUCUGUGGAACACAGAGGCUUCCUUACCAUGUUCGAAGAUGUUUCUGGAUUUGGCGCAUGGCAUCGGCGAUGGUGUUUGCUGAAAGGUGCAAACAUCUCCUACUGGAAGUAUCCUGACGACGAGAGAAGAAAGACUCCUAUUGGAAGUAUUGAUUUGCAAGGUAUUACUACUACGAAUGUCGGGAUGGUAUCACGUGAUAUUUGUGCACGUCCCAAUACAUUCUUAUUGGAAAGUGUUCGACCAGCUCAGCCCGGCGAUGUCGAUAGCCUUAUAACGAUUCGAAAUGGACCGCGAACUACUAUCAGGCAUUUGUUAUCAGCGGAUACAAAGGAAGAUCGGUUGGAAUGGUGUUCAAAGCUUAAUAAGACAUUAAAUCUGAUUCGCGCUUGGGGUGGAACAUCGGCAUUGUCGUAAUUAAAUCUUUAUCCUUGGAAAAGCAUAUUAGUCUUAAUUAACCACAUUAGCCAUACUGUGUAAUUAAAUGAAACCUAGAGUGUGGAGCAUUAUGCAAACUAUAUUUGUUAGAAGGUUUACGUAUAGGGGGAAAUGAGAGGAUGAAAUUAAUGGCGGCGUCCGUAUAUAAUAUGCAAAAUCAAUUAUAAUGUACGUAAUAAGACAUUUUGAUGAUCGAUCUUUAAGAAUUGCAUUACUAAUAAUUAUCCGUUGAUGAUGUCACUACAUAAUUUUUUUUUUUACCAUAAUGUGACUUACGUAACUCGUUUGUGUUGGAAACUCAACAUGCUGAGUAUACAGAUAAGUACGGUACGGUAUAGUUACAAUAACCUACGUCAUAUUAAUAUUGUAUAUUCUAGAUUCAUUUGGUAACGGGUAAUUAUAAUUGAAUCCAAACACGAAGGGUAGUCUCUGUUAUUUGGCAAAAUUAAAAAAAAUACGUCACAAAUUUUCGUAAUAUUACGUAGCUUUUUCAGCACGAUAAAUUGUGUUUAAUCGUGUUUUCGUAUAGAGAUUAAUUAGUGUUAUCUUCAAACUAUUUUCGCAUAUGCGUAAUAGCUAACGCUAUAGAGUUAAUGUUUUCUACGUGCAACAUUUUUUUUUUACCGAUUUAACGUAUAAGAAUAUUUUUCAUUUUUUGAAAAAUUUCUAUAACGUUAUUCGUACAAACGAUACGUAGCAAUUAUUAAUUAAUUUGAUACAUUAAUAUAUUGUCGGGUGAAAUAUCCAUGUUUCAUCCAUUUAUUGUACAUAGAAGAACAAAACUAUAGGAUAAGAAUUGAUUUGAUUUCUUUAUUGAACACAUAACACUUAUGUAUAUCACUCUUAAUUUUAUAUAAUCGUAUAUACACAGAUACAUAUAUAUAUAAUAUACACCAUUGUUUAACUUCUUUACAUACGUAUUAAUGUCAAACUUCAAUAUUUUUUAUCCAAUUAUACUGAUUAACUUUCAUAUGUUCUAGCAAAUAUUUAUACAAUCAUUCACAGUGACUUUAAUGUAUUGGUAUUUCAAGUAUUUCAUUACAAGCCACAUAACUGUAAAACUUUCAAUAAAAUCUACAUAACAAA